AUGCAGUAUGGUUCGUUCCAAAGUGCCUAUGAUCAAAUCAAGUCGAGUGCCAAAUCAUUUGCUGACAACGUUCCAUUAAUCCUUCCAGGAGAUUUUGAUCUCAACAGACAAGACAGCAUGCUAACUGUCUGUCCUCUCAAUAAUUUCAAUGCUUAUCUCAAGAAUCUAGAGCCCACUAAUCUGACGGAUUUCAACUCCCUCCGAGAAUUCAAGGUCCCAGAUGCUAACAAAGUAGAUUGGCCCAAGAGUGAGCAAGCUGCAUCUCACAUAUUGGUGCGAAUCAAUUUUGCAGCGGACCUUGCCCUCUCCCCGGAUGAGUAUAUUGCUCAUCUUCGGUAUUUCCUGGAUCUGGGCAGAACAAGAGCCAUAUAUAAGUUGUUGAAUGAGCACAAUAUUGACGUGAUAAUUGGGCCCGCAGACAGCCAGUUCAUAAACAUUGCUGCCGCCGCCGGCUACCCAGUGGCCUCCUUGCCUCCGGGGUGUCUUGAUGAUAAAGUACUUGCUAUUGCUGGCGCGAACCAUGAGGUAAAAUUGUUCGAAACAAUGGAUAAUUGGUAUGCUACUUGCGGUCCUAUGGAGCCUUUACCUUUAGUCGCAGAAGGCCUGGAGGCAGAGGUAUCUAGCUGA